AUGGUGAUUAGCGCCGCUUCCGACGCAGUCAAGUGCAGAAUGUUUCCAGCAACUUUCAAAGGAAUAACAAUGGUGUGGUUCACAACUCUUCCGCGAGGAUCCAUCACCAACUUCCAAGAUUUUUCGUCCAAAUUCCUCGUCCAGUUCUCAGCGAGCAAGACUAAGCAAGUGACGAUCGAGGACUUGUACAACGUGCGACAGUCUGCAGGGGAGACUCUGAAACAAUACGUGAAACGAUUCAGUGCUGCGUCGGUAAAGAUUGAGGAAUCGGAGCCGAAUGCCUGUGCCCGGGCCUUCAAAAAUGGUCUACAACCUGGAAAGCUAAACAACAAACUGAGUUGUAAGCCGGCCAGAUCAAUGGCGGAGGUACGCGCGCGGGCGAACACGUACAUUCUUGACGAGGAGGACGACGCUUUCAAGCGAAGAAGGGAGAAGGUGGAAAAGUAUGGUGAUCAGGGGGACGCAUCGCCAGAAGAUAAAGCAAGCAAGGAAAAGCUUGAAGGUAGUAAAGGGCGAGACAGGAAAGUCCGGGCAGUGGAGAAGACAACGAGAGACCCUUUGUAUCCGAGGAGGGACAAUGCUGAGCGUCACCGACCCUGGCACCAGGCUGACUCUCGCCAGCGUGGAGAGUCGGGAAAGAGUCUGAGUGCUCAUCUAACGGAGUUGCUCCGUGAGGUCAAGGCGACCCAUGCCGUUGAAGAGGGUGAAAGGGAAGCAGACCCGCCGCGACCAAAAUCAGAUAAGACUAAGUGGUGUGAGUAUCAUCAGUCAGCAUGA